GUUUUCCAUACGGUGUGCUUUUGCGUAUCAGGUGUGUGUGUGUGAGAGAGAGAGAGAGAGAGAGAGUGAGAGAGAGAGAGAGAGAGAGAGAGAGAGAGAAUGGCAUCUUCUUCUUUGCUGUCCGCCAUCCCACAACAUUCUGCUUUAGCUUCCUCGGAGCACUUAAACUUCAAGUCAGCUAGGAUUCCUGUGAGAUCUAGUUUGGAAAAUGAGCAACAGAGUAGGGUUGAUUCAGACAACUCAUCGAAACCAGCAAAGGAUUCUCGAUCAUCAAUCUCUCGACGCAGUUGUCUCACUUGUUUAUGUUCCACUCUGUCCUUGAUGAACAAUUUUGGUACACCAAUUUCCAUACAAAAGGCAACUGCUUCAGAAGGAAAAGAAAGGCCAGUAUGCCGGAACUGUGGGGGCAGCGGUGCCAUUCUCUGUGAUAUGUGUGGUGGUACAGGAAAAUGGAAAGCUCUCAACAGAAAACGGGCUAAAGAUGUCUACGAGUUUACAGAAUGUCCAAAUUGUUAUGGUCGAGGGAAACUUGUGUGUCCUGUUUGUUUAGGAACUGGUCUACCAAAUAACAAAGGCCUUCUUAGGAGGCCAGAUGCACGACAAUUGCUUGAUAAGAUGUAUAAUGGUAGGCUGCUACCAAGAUCUUAAAUCACAUCAUUGAAAUGGUGCAGUUAGAGGCUAUUUGAUCACAAGAAUACACUUCGAUUUGUUGGACAAAGAAGUGGCAGAGAGUAAAGACUACAUGUUGCACCCCAAAGUGCAGCACAAAAACAGAAGCUUUUUCCCUGUUCUAGGGUCAUUGACAUGGUCUAACCGUACAGCUUGUACUCGCCAAAGUUGCAUGCAAUUUGGGUUGAUGAGGAGGUCCUUUUGUUUACCUACCAAACUCAUUCACUUAUUUUGUUUACCUACCAAACUCAUUCACUUAGCUACAGGAGCAACCUUAUGGUGCUUGAUGCUAAUAAAUUAAUGUUCCAUGUAGCGUACACAUGAUUAUUGCAUCGGCUAGUACAAAAGGUUCUAGUGAUUUGAGUACCGUAUGGUCACGGAUAAGCACCAUUAAGCCACAUUUGUUUGAUGUGGAAAAUGGAUUCUUUAUUGAGCUAAAAUUGUUUUGAAUUGAAUGCAUGUUCUUCAUAUCA